AUGGAAAAGCAAAAGACCUCUCUGCUGGAUGCGCUGUGUAGGAAAGGGUGCGCCCUGGCUGACCAGCUCCUGCUGGUUCCUUCUCCACAGGAUGGUGCUGGUGCUGUUGCCACAGGACAAGCAGCAGAAGAGGAGGUUGGGGAGCAGGCCGCCAGCAGCUCUGAUGACUCCCUGCAAGAUGUAGCAAAAUCUCUCAAUGAUACAUUCUGGGAAGUGCAGAAGUGGGCGGAGCUCACUGACUCCAAAGUGCUGAUGUUUUCAUACAAACACGCUCUGGCCAACAAGAUGUACGGCCGAGCCUUAAAAUUCGCCUCAAAGAUGAUGGAGGAGAAGGCCACCAAAGAGAACAUGAAAAACUGUAUUCAGCUUAUGUGGCACCUCAGAUGGACACACAGCGCCACCUUCAGUGAAAACUGGCUUCCUGUGAUGUACCCUACGGACUACACGCCGUUCUAGGCGGGGACACUGCAACCGGACAAACAAGACACGGUCAAACUCAGUCCAUCACACGGUCGCUUUGACUGCGAGUCCUUCAUGGUCACAUGGUUUACGUUUCUGACCAAGCGACUGUCUCCUGCAAAUUUUGAUUGAUGCAGUGCACGUGAUUACCAAAAACGAACCAGACUGUAAAUGGUUUGAUGCACUUGCCACCUUAAAAAAAACAAGUUGAGGAUUGCUCUCAUCUCACAGAGCUACACGGCAAGCAGCAGGUCCUCUGUGAGCGAGUGUCGCCACUCUGACACGUCAGACGCCCUCAGUGGUUCUGCUGUCCUGAAUGUGACAGAGAAGCUACAAACUGUUAACUUCACCACCAGGACUGAUCCUGUACUCACUGAAGAGAUUUUUGUUUUAACUCGUGUCUUUUCUUUUCAUUUAGUAUCAUCUAAACAUUUGGGGAGACUAAACGGGCUCCAGCAUUCUGAACUCCAUGUUGUUUCAGUAUAAUUGUUUUCCUCGUGUAUAUACCAGACACCUUAAAAAAAAAAAAAAAAAAAAUCGCAAAUCUUCAAACAGC